AUGUCAAUACCAUCGACAUUGGUUCUCGUACAGAGAGCAGUGGAUUCGACUGCCAGUGCAGUUACUAGUUCAAUAACAGCUGCUGCUACGACUUCUGCUCAUGCUUCAGCCUCCUUGACUUCGACAGCGUCUGCUUCGCAAACAUCUGGUUCAGGAGGCGAUAGCUCAUCACAAACACCUUUCUUGUAUUUUAUUGCCCUUGGUUUGGGUAUAGUGUUUACGAAUAUCUGGGUCGUUUUGGGACUCAAGUACUGUUUCCGAGCUCGUCGUAGAAAUGCCAUGAUUGCUAGAGGCGAGAUUCCUGACGAAGAUUCAUUUACAGGCGAUGAUAUAGGUUUUUACAUGAACCCAUUACUUGCACCAGAGUUCAGUCGCAGAAGACGUAGAGAGCGUCGAUUAAUGAAGUUUGAAGAGCUGAAUGAACGAUUUCCUGUUCAAAAGUAUAAAGUAUGGGGAGCAGAGCGUGAAAAGCUUGGGUUGUCAACAGAAGGAGGUAUUUCUCACAAUGCCGCGAUUGCCAAUUCAAGACCCGCCAGCAUCGUCGAGGCAACUACUGGAACAGAGGAUGAAAUGGCAGAGGUUACUUCUGUUCAUGUAAAUAAUGGCCAUUCUAGUUCUCGACCCAGUGUCGAUAAUGGAUCACGCGAUAUAACAGAUUUGGCAGCUCAAAGCCGAAGAGCCAGUAUCGACGGCGGUAUUGUAGAAAGCAUUCGAGAACGACAAGAAACACCAUCGACUGACGAGUCAAAACAUGUAACGAUAAUGACAGCCACCAGCACCUCCGAAGCCAAACCUGAAUCAAAGAAAGCUGAACCUCAAGUCACAGUGUCCACAGAUGGAGAGCCUAAACCUGUUCGUCAACAAUCUGUUGCUACUAUAAACCACCAAGACACUGACGAUGAGUCUGAUCCGGAGGCUAUCCCAACCACCUCUUCCUCAAAUCCCCAUGACGAUAACCAAAUUGUUCCACCUACUGAUACAGAAAACAAAACAGAGAACGACCAUGACGACGAACACGAACAUGAGCACGGCGACGAUGAAAGUGUACAUUCACAUUUUUCACCAGACAACACCGAAUCCGGUGAUGUUUGUGCCGUUUGUCUGGACUCUAUAGAACCAGACCACGACAUUCGAGCACUUGGCUGUAACCACGUGUUCCACGACGAAUGUAUUACGCCCUGGCUGACGACACGACGAGCCAGUUGUCCCCUGUGUAAAAUGGACUUUUCGUCUGCCCGAUACCGACAAGAGACUGCUGCCCAACAAGCGGAACUAGGAGCUGCUGCCGGUACCGGAGCCGAUCGAACUGGCGAGAGCGAUUCAGCAGCCGAGCAAGACCGUCGCGAUAUCGAAGCCAACCUUCCUCCCGAGACGCCACUCCGCAUGCCACGAACUUUCCUGUCCCGCAUGUUCUUUUCUCACGGCCAACAACAACAAACUCCUGCCGAAACCCCUGCUCCCCCUCCAGCACCAACUGUCACCGAACCUCCACCACUGCAAGGAGCACCACCACCAAGCGUGACAAGACCACCCCGCAGAGUCCAGUACGCCCCAGACGGACCCUACUCGACCCUGCAGUUCCACUAA